GAUGAAGAAUGCCCACAAACAAAUUUACGAGUCUUUUUGGUCCAAGUAUUAGUGAAGAACAUACAUGCGAAGUAUUUUACAAUAAUUUUUACUAACCGAAAAUUUUGGAAAUGGGGACGUUCUGGGGGGUAUUUUUACUCGCGUCUUAUAUAAUUGGAGCCUCGGCUGAGGAGAGUUCCGUAAUUGUCGACUCAUUACUGGGAAAAUUAGAAGGAACGACCUUUCUUUCAAGGGCAGGACGUGAGUAUUACGCUUUUCGUGGCGUUCCGUUUGCUGAAAAGACGGAAAGGUUUCAGGUUUCACAGCUUUCUAAGCCAUGGACCGGUGUGAAGAAAGCUACACAAUUUGGAAAUGUAUGCCCACAGUUUGAUAUCUUUGAGAAGGUCUUCACAGGGGAUGAGGAUUGUCUUUUCUUAAAUAUCUACACCCCCAUUAACAAGAGUGACCUCGUGGAAAAUGGGAAAAAGCUUCCGGUAAUGGUUUGGUUCAACCCCGGCGGAUUUACAUUUGGGAAAGCUGACUUUGAUCCAAAAUUUUUUAUGGACGAAGAUAUAGUUUUAGUAACUUUCAACUAUAGGAUGGGAGCAUUUGGAUUUUUGGAUACCGGAGAUGAUGCAAUUUCAGGAAAUUUAGGAUUAAAGGACCAAGUAGUUGCUCUUCAAUGGGUCCAAAAAACAAUUUCAUCGUUUGGAGGAGAUUCCUCGAAAGUUACAAUUUUUGGUUGCAGUGCCGGGGGUGCUUCUGUGCAUUAUCACAUGUUGUCACCAAUGAGCAAAGGAUUGUUCAGAAAUGCUAUCUCACAGAGUGGAUCAGUUCUGGCGCAUUGGGCAAUUCAACGGGAUCCAGCAGGUACCUCCAAGUUUAUUGGAGAGGAUUUAAAAUGUCCAACCGCAACAUCCCACGAGUUGGUGGAUUGCUUGAAGACAAAGACGGUGCAAGAACUUCUGCAGGCUCAUCUAAAUGGCGUUAAAUGGUUUAUGCUGCCAUUCAACAUACUUGCGCCAAGCGUUGAGAGCAAAAACUCAAAACAGCCUUUAUUUCUGGAAAGCGACCCGUUGUCUUUGAUCACAAAUGGAGAAUUCCAUCGUGUUCCAUGGAUUUAUGGAUUUACUGAAGAUGAGGGAGCUCAAUUAUCCACUUCUAUAAUAAUGAGUGAAACACAUUUAUCUGAAAUCAAUGAAGACUGGUCAAGAGUAAUGCCCAUUGCUUUGGGCUAUGAUUUCAUAGCGGACAAAGAAGUUCGGGACAACGUUUCCAGAAAAUUGUUGACCCAAUAUUUUGGAAAUGAAGAGAUCAGUGAAGAAACGUGGGCGAGUUUCACACAUUUGUUUUCUGACCGCUUUUUUAUUCAUCCGGCUGAAAAGGCUGCCCGAUUGCAAGCACAAUUUACGGACAUUUAUCCAUUCGAGUUUACAUUUCCAGGAGAAGAGGAUUCCCCACUUUUGAAAAACUUUUAUGGCAUUUCAGGAGAAUAUGGAGUGGGCCACACUGACGAGUUGCAAUAUCAAUUUAGCGGAGCGUAUGGAGCUGUGGAGCAUGUCGACCAACACAAGCAUGAAGUUUAUGAAUUUUCUCAAAACUUUGUAAAGCUUUGGGCUAGUUUUGCUACUGACAAUAAGCCAACUUCCACUUGGAAAAACGAAAUGCAGUGGAAACCAAUUCCUAGGGAUGUCGGGGAUGCUCCAAUACAAUAUUACCAAAUCGCUGGUAAGACGAGUAGUGUGAAUAAUCCUGGCCGUCAUGAACGCAUGCAAUUUUGGGACAAGUUGAAUGUUGACAACGUGGAUAUGAAAAUUACUCCCAAAAUUCACAACAAAAUAGAAUUGUAAUAAUAAAGUGCGUUUUCUAAUAUUUUCUCACUAUUUUGCAAACUAUCAAAUAAAACAAGAGAUUUAUAAUGUACAUCUAAUCAAAA